GUUUUGUUUUUGGAUUGAUAAUCGAUAAGAGUUCUCCAUCUCGUCGCGGGGGACUUCACCAUGCGAAAAUUACUCACAAAAGAUUGUUCAACACGUCGAGGAGUGUCAAGAUGUCUUUAGACAAGGUCAAACACAUCGUACUGGUCCUCUCCGGUAAAGGUGGCGUAGGAAAAUCUUCAAUCACGACCCAACUUGCGCUGUCCCUCUCCCUGGCAGGCCAUUCAGUAGGCAUACUCGAUAUAGAUCUCACAGGACCAUCCAUACCCCGACUCUUUAGCAUCGAAUCCUCGAAAGUCACACAGGCACCUGGAGGAUGGUUACCAGUUCCUGUUCACGCUGCCAACCCCGCAGCAGGUAUUGGGUCUCUCUCUUGCAUGAGUCUCGGCUUUUUGCUUCGAGAACGAGGUGAUGCGGUAGUAUGGCGAGGUCCAAAGAAGACUGCAAUGGUGCGGCAGUUCUUGUCAGAUGUGUUAUGGGGAGAGGUCGACUAUUUACUCAUCGAUACCCCACCAGGCACGUCGGAUGAACACAUCUCUCUCGCAGAAACGCUUCUCAAGAACGCAUUCCCUGGUCAAGUCGCUGGGGCAGUAGUAGUCACAACCCCACAAGCAGUUGCUACAGCGGACGUCAAGAAGGAGUUGAACUUCUGCACCAAAACUGGCAUAAAUGUUAUCGGUGUUGUGGAGAACAUGAGUGGUUUCGUUUGUCCAAACUGCUCAGAAUGCACAAAUGUGUUUAGUUCUGGUGGUGGCAAAGUUAUGGCAGACGAGUUCUCUGUCAAAUUUCUAGGCAGUGUUCCUAUCGAUCAACAGUUCGUGAUGCUGGUCGAGACGGGACGGAGACCAGUGUAUCCUGUUGGAACGGAGGUUAACGGACAUGAUAUGGCAACAAAUGGGGAUGCUGAUUAUUCAACCGACGUCAAGGAUCCUAGCUUGCUUAUUGAGAAGUACAAGAGUUGCUCUUUAAGCUGUGUCAGAAACUGUUCCGCCCCUCCUUGGCUCUUGGCCACGAUUUCCGCUCCUGAUAGCUUCAACGUCCCAUCUGCUCUAUUGCUCAUUAAUUGUCUGAUCGUUGUCAGUAGUCAUAUAUUCUACGACGCCGGCAUCCCCGCUAUCUCCAAGACUUCACCAAGAACUCCAAGACGCCCAGCGAUGUCCCAAGCUUCCUACGCGAACUUCACGAUGGAGAAAAAUGAGAAGGACGUGGGACUCACGAGCCCCUCCAAUAGCUCAACUCCUGGGUCUGAAUCAGAUAACAUCAUUGUGGAGCAUGAGAAACUUGGGCUCUGGACACGCAUGGGAUGUACCCCCGAGUCCUUCAAGCGCAGAACAGUGUCCCAGGAUCUCAAUCACACAUUAAAGCCUCGACAUCUUCAAAUGAUCGCCAUUGGUGGCUCAAUCGGCGCUGGUUUCUUCGUCGGUUCUGGGAAAGCUCUUAAUAAUGGUGGCCCUGCCACUCUCCUGAUCGAUUUUGCUAUCAUGGGAGUUAUGAUUUUCAAUGUCGUCUAUGCUUUAGGUGAACUCGCAGUCAUGUACCCUGUCUCCGGUGGUUUCUAUACAUAUAGUACUCGCUUCAUUGAUCCUUCAUGGGGCUUCGCUAUGGGUUGGAAUUAUGUCUUCCAAUGGGCCGUUGUUCUCCCCUUGGAACUUGUGGUGGCAAGCUUUACAGUCGGUUACUGGAAUCCUGAUAUAAAUGUCGCAGUGUGGAUCAGUUUAUUCCUGGCCGUCAUAGUCAUAGUAAACGUAUUUGGCGUGCUAGGUUUUGGUGAAGCGGAAUUCUGGGCCAGCGUGUUAAAACUGUUUGCAGUUUGUAUCUUUAUGGUCGUUGGGUUGGUCCUUGUAUGCGGCGGCGGACCAAGCAAUGGUCUAUACAGCGAAUACUGGGGAGCCCGUCUUUGGUAUGACCCAGGUGCUUUCAAAAAUGGCUUCAAAGGGGUCUGUUCUGUUUUCGUCACAGCUGCAUUUGCAUUUUCCGGAACAGAGCUUGUAGGCCUCGCUGCUGCCGAGUCAGAGAACCCAGCAAAGGCUCUACCGGGUGCUAUCAAGCAGGUCUUCUGGCGCAUUACUUUAUUUUACAUCGUGGGUCUUCUUUUCGUUGGAUUGCUCGUCAGCUCGACAGACGAUCGCCUCCUCGGUGCGAACCCAUUCAUCAACGUAGCAGCUUCUCCGUUUGUCAUCGCCGCCAAAGACGCCGGUCUUGAUGGAUACGAUUCAUUCAUGAACUUCAUUAUCCUGGUUUCCGUUAUCUCCAUUGGUAAUUCGGGUGUCUAUGGUGGAUCCAGAACUCUCACUGCAUUGGCAGAACAAGGAUAUGCCCCUCGCUGUUUCAAGUACAUUGAUCGCUCUGGUCGCCCUCUUUGGUCCACCAUCGCCAUUCUUAUUUUUGGAUGCCUUGGAUAUGUGACUCUAAGUUCCUCAGGCCCUGUCGUUUUUGACUGGCUUCAAGCGCUAAGCGGUCUUGCUGCCCUCUUUACUUGGGGUUCCAUCUGCCUCGCCCACAUCCGAUUCCGCGCUGCCUGGAAGUACCAUGGCCACUCUCUCGAUGAUAUUCCCUUCAAAGCAGUAUUUGGCGUCUACGGCUCAUGGGCCGGUUUGAUCCUUAUUGUCCUUGUGCUCAUAGCUCAAUUUUACACAGCACUCUAUCCCCUCGGCAAUGAUGGGAAAAUAGGCACUGCAGAAGACUUCUUCAAAGCCUAUCUUGCGCUCCCGGUUGUGAUCGCGUUCUGGAUUUGUGGUUUCGCGUGGAAGCGAACGGGUUGGUUGAAGCUUUCCGACAUUGAUGUUGAUUCCGGAAGAAGAGAGGUUGAUUGGGAUAGGAUUAACGCUACGAAGGCGGAGAUUGCUGCUUAUCCUGCUUGGAAGAGGAUCUUGUAUCUUUUGUUCUAAGAGUUGGCUGAGGUGGAUAGUGCGCAAAGUACUGAGAAGUCUAUCUUCAAUAAGAAGAAUUAGGAGCACAGUCGCUUUGCUCUCCCGGACGCUUAAACUAUAUCCAAGUCGAGUUCGAGGUGUCAAGCAACAAAUGGGUUUGUUGCGUCUCCUCAUCCGCUGGGAAAGUACUUUUGCCUAAUCGGUUUCUACACCUCACUUAGGUUUGACACUAAGAC